UUCAAACAUGGCCGCGUCCACUGUGAAGGAAGAGGUUGGACGCAGCUCUAAUGAUAAUGGGAAAGGGAACGGGCUUCUCUUAUAUCACCAUCAUUAUUCCUUUUAUUCGCAAAAGGUUAUCAUGGCUCUACAUGAAAAGAAGUUACCAUAUAAGGAACAUGUUAUUAACUUGACGAAAGGGGAGCAGUUCCAGCCAUGGUUCCUCCGCAUCAAUCCUCGUGGUGAAGUUCCUGUUCUUAAGGACGGUGUCAGAGUCAUUCCGGAUUCAGGCAGAAUACUAGACUACCUCGAAGAUAACUUCAGUAAUGGUGAUACACCUAGGUUAAUACCAUUGGACCAGGGUCCAGAAAUACGCCAGAAAGUUCUUCAAUUCCGUACAGUUAUUGACCACAUACCCGCCGGAACCGUAACUAUGGGGUCAUUUUUCCAUCCAGAAUUUUGUCAGAAUCCUAAACAGCCAUUCAUUCAACCAGUAAGGAAGGCAUUAAUGGCUGCUGAGAAGAACAGCGCUGAUGUAUUACGAAUGCAUGCGGAGAGAAAUCCCGAGAUCCAGGACAUACUGCUCCAGAAAGCAAAGUUCCAGGAAACUAAACACGCGUCAGUAACGGACAAAGACGAGUACAAGAAGAUUCUUAACCAAGUUGACUCAGUGCUAAGUCAAGUGGAGAAAGAGCUUCAAUCACAUACAGAAGAUCAAGAAAACUGGUGGUUAUGCAGUGAUCGUUUCACAGUAGCAGACAUCGGAUUGACAAUUUUGUUGGAUCGUCUCAAUCGCCUUGGUCUAGAACAUUACUUCUGGGAAGAUGGCAAGAAACCUCAUAUAUCACAAUAUUACCGUAGAGUUCAGCAACGAGAUUCAUAUAAAAAGACGAUUCCGUCUGCUCUGUCACUUGUUAAGAUGUUCAUCCAGACACAAGCUCCGCUAAUUGUAGGAGUCGUCACAGCUAUGACAGUAGUUGUUGGCGGUAUAUACUAUUACAGAAAAAACAAGUAAACUAGCCAUGUGGGGUAGAGAUACCCAUAUACAGUGAAAUUCCAUUCAGUUAUGUGGUGAGCAUGAAUAAUGUAUACUUCUUCAUAAUAUGGAAUACAUGUUCAUAUUCCAAAAUAUUCCACUAUUAACCUUCAUUGUCCAUUUUCACAUUGGUCACACUGUUUUCAAUAUGAAUACUGUUACUGCCAAGUUAAAAUUCAGUUCAGUGGGCUGAAGUAACAGGAGUUUCAGAUCCCCUGCUCCCAGAAAUGGAAACAGACACAUUUAAUCCGCUGUGCUGGAAUGUCGGGUGAGGCUUGUGAUAGUAAUGACAGUCCAUACUUGGCAAUGACAGUCAUCAGUUACAGCUGGAAUUUUAUUUUCACUUCUCAUUCAUAGGGUGGCAAGAAGGUGCUCUUUCUCUGGCAGUUGCUACUAAUGAUAAUUCCUUUGUGUUUUUGUUAUGUGAGGGUUGAGUUAACACAGUUGGUAUAGCGAUGGUCGAUGGGCUGGAUGUCUGGGUUCGAUUCCUGACAUUGCAAGAUUCUUCUCU